AAACGCCAAAUUUCUCAGUUCCUUCUAUCAUUUCUUGCACCUCACAGGGUAUCAAGACAUGAUCAGACCCUUCGCAAUGGUAUCGGAAACCGGUAGAGUGAUAACUAUUCAGUAUCGAAUACUAAUAGCUCGUUCCCACCAGUCGUCCUGGUUGUCAUACAUGAUCCCCGCUUGUCUUUCCUCACACCAAGGUGUUGUGUAUAAUGAAUCGGAAAUUCUUUUGAAAAUGAUAAGGUUCGCACCCCAUCUACUAUUUGGUCUCGUAGGGCUUAAGCAUAGAUGGCUUGCGGAUCGGUUGACCAGUGAUGCGGAUCCUGCAAUUAAUGGGCCAGAAGGGGCGCCCUUGCAACAAAUCAAAGUACCAGUAGCACCUGCCGUUACUGCAGAAAGGCCAAGGCGUGAGGUCAGCGUGACCGCUAUCAGACCACGUCAAACAUCGGCAAAAACCGAGAAUCCGUCUUCGCUGGAUACGAGAAUAUGUGGUUGGUGUUUUUCUAGCUUCGUCGUGCUGGCGCGGUCGAUGAUAGAUGGCUGCAUCGUUCCCGAACUGUGCUCUUUGGCUUGCCUAAAUCUGGUAGCCGGGUGGGCUUUCCGUGCAUGCCCACCAUUUAUUGUGUUGGGUGUUUACAAUUGUAUUCCAGGGGAUCGGGGUGGGCGAGGUAACGCGAGCUCAUCGUCGCCUUACGAGUCCUGCAGGUGGGUUUCUAAGCCAUUGAAUUUCCGCAAAGAUAUAAAAGGAUUGUCCAUUCUUGGACGCGGGAAUACAUCCCUUAAACAUCUUUGGAUUAUCCAUUCGACCAGUCCAUAAUAGCGCUUAGGUUUUUUGAAGAGAAGUAAAUCCCCAACCAUGAGUCAAGCUCCGCUUGCCCAAAGCGCCGAUAGAGCAGUCCUUUUCGCUCGAUUGGGGCUGUCAAGCCAAAACGAGUCCGUCCACAAGAUGAUGCUGGUAAGGGUCCGACUAUGAGACUAAUGAAUCGAUGCUAACUUAUUCCGCUGC